GGAAAAUUUGGUACUCAUCGAUAUCCUUAUUCCAAUAUUCCCGCGAUAUUUCUUGGUUACUUUAUCACUCUAUCUCUGAAACAGAACCCUGAUAAAACAAUCCCUCAUCCGUAAGUUUACUUUAGAAGUCCAAUCAGAUAAUGAAUCUGCAGUGCCCACAUUAGGUCACCCAAAGCUUUAGUUGAUCCCAACAUUAGCCAGCUCUGUCCUCUACCAACCUUUUUUAUUUUUUUAGUGCUUAACCUAACUAUGAAAUCAGAGGCUAAGCAAAAAUCCCUAUCCCGAGGUUGGAAGAGCAACCAUUUAUGCAUAACAAACACGUGAAAGGUCAUAUGCUAUACGACCAGAAAAUGCAAUAUAACUCAAACAUCAGCAAACCGUCAUUAACAUAAAGUUGAAUAAAAAGGAAACAAAUGUUAUUUGGAUUUCCCUGAGUUGUCCUGUUCAUUACUGCAUAAUUCUAAAUCACUGACACAAAAUAUGCAGGUUUAAGAACUUGCAGUGGCACCUGCUCAAGCUUUAAUGUCAGCUGCAUGUCGGCACUAAUUUAAUCAUCUUCCUCAACAACUUUACUUUUGCCCUUCUCCUUGCUCUGGACAUCCUCCGACUUUUUUACAGCCUCCAAAUGCUUUCUCAGCAUACGAACCUCUUUGAUGUAAUAAUGGAUUCUGUCGAUCAUCAAGCCCAGAAAUAGGGCAAAUCCUAAGCGAAGCUUCGAGAAGUUGAUUGGCCAAGAGAACCUGGUCCGUGGGAUUAACGCCGCCGCCUUCAAGGGUUCGGUUCUGGAUCGUGGUAAUGUUAAACAAGAGUGAAAUCAUAAUCACAAACAGAGUCCCGCCGGCGGUUGACGCCACCACAGGGCCCCGGCCUUGCUUCAAUCUGUCCAACAGCAUCAAAAGCGGCUUUCUCAACGGCGUGCGGAAAAGAAGAACUAGGAUCACUGCAACUUCACUGAAAACAAGAGCGUAGAGAGGCUGAAUCAUCUUCUCAGAAUUUUCUCAGUCGGAUUUUUUUGGUAUUUCAAAAAUUUGAUCGGAAAGAAGUAAUUAAUUAGUCGGUUGAGAUGAGAUGGAAUAAAUGGAUACCGAAAAUUACUCCUAGGAAGAAAAGAAUCUGGUGAGGACGGUGGCACGUGAGAAGAGCGUGAUGAACUUCUGGAAAAACUUAUAAAUUUGGUCCUCAGUUUAUACUUUAUACCGAAUUUGGUUCAAUUGCUUACCCAUGGAGCCUGAAGCCCGCUCAUAUCGCCUAAAGUUAGAUGGGCCAAGAGCCCAAUAAUUGGGAACUGCCGAAGCCCAGCAAUUCGUCUACCACUCUGACUUGACACUCUCCUCAGUCGGCCUAACGAUUCAGAGUCGAGGUGAGAUACUGCGGGUGGCCGUUCCUCUGCACCAACUGCGGCAAAUCAGAAUGGCGGCGUGCGCUUCACCUCAACAGCUGUCUUCUCCACGCUACUCCUAUUCCUCAUCCCCUUCCUCCUACUCCGCCGGUUUCCAUUCUCGGCAGUUCCUGCAAUUCAACCCUCUCAACUUCAAACGUUCCAAAAUGUUCUCUGUCCGCGCUUCAUCAGCAUCAGAUGAUUCCGUGGUGACGCUGCUUGAUUACGGAGCUGGAAAUGUGAGGAGUCUCAGAAAUGCGAUUCGCGCCCUUGGGUGCGGCAUUAAAGAUGUACAAACACCGGAGGAUAUUCUGAAUGCCCGGCGUCUUAUUUUUCCUGGUGUAGGUGCGUUUGCACCUGCCAUGGAUGUGCUGAACAAUAAGGGAUUGGCUGAAGCACUCUGUAAUUAUAUUGAGCAAGAUCGCCCAUUUCUAGGCAUUUGUCUUGGAUUGCAGCUACUUUUUGAGUCUAGUGAGGAAAAUGGACCAGUGAAGGGACUUGGUUUGAUUCCUGGUGUAGUUGGGCGUUUCGACACAUCAAGUGGAUGUAGAGUACCUCACAUUGGCUGGAAUGCCAUCAAAGUAACAAAAGACUCCGAGAUUUUGGAUGAUAUUGGAAAACGCCAUGUCUAUUUCGUUCAUUCUUAUCGUGCCAUCCCAUCAGACGAUAACAAAGAGUGGAUCUCUUCUACUUGUAAUUAUGGAGAUGAGUUUAUAGCUUCCAUAAGAAGGGGAAAUGUACAUGCUGUUCAGUUUCACCCAGAGAAGAGUGGUGAGGUUGGCCUUUCUGUCCUGAGGAGAUUUUUGUAUUCAAAGUCUGAGGUUGGAAAGGUGCCAAUGCUAGGGAAUGCAUCUAAGCUUGCAAAGAGGGUCAUUGCUUGUCUUGAUGUGAGGGCAAAUGACAAAGGAGAUCUGGUUGUAACUAAAGGAGACCAGUAUGAUGUAAGAGAGCACACUGAAGAAAACGAGGUGAGGAACCUUGGCAAGCCGGUGGAUCUUGCUGGACAAUAUUAUAAAGAUGGAGCUGAUGAGGUCAGCUUCUUGAAUAUUACUGGCUUUCGAGACUUCCCUCUAGGUGAUUUACCAAUGCUGCAGGUACUGAGGUAUGCAUCAGAGAAUAUAUUUGUGCCGUUAACAGUUGGAGGUGGUAUUCGAGAUUUUACUGAUGCAAAUGGCAGGUAUUACUCAAGUUUGGAAGUUGCUUCAGAGUAUUUCCGAUCUGGUGCAGACAAGGUUUCCAUUGGAAGUGAUGCAGUUUAUGCUGCUGAAGAAUACCUGAAGACCAAAGUAAAAACAGGGAAGAGCAGCCUGGAGCAGAUCUCUAGAGUUUAUGGGAAUCAGGCCGUGGUUGUAAGCAUUGAUCCUCGUAGGGUGUACGUGAAGGAUCCUAGGGAUGUUGAAUUCAAGUCGGUGAGAGUUUCAAACCCAGGUCCUAACGGUGAGGAAUUUGCGUGGUACCAGUGCACAGUGAAUGGUGGGCGAGAAGGCCGACCGAUUGGAGCAUAUGAGCUUGCUAAAGCUGUUGAAGAACUCGGGGCUGGUGAAAUACUCCUAAAUUGCAUUGAUUGUGAUGGUCAGGGGAAAGGAUUUGAUAUAGAUCUAGUAAAGUUGAUAUCAGAUGCAGUGAGCAUUCCUGUGAUAGCAAGUAGUGGUGCUGGAUCUGUUGAACAUUUUUCUGAAGUUUUCUCUAAAACAGAUGCAUCUGCAGCCCUUGCUGCCGGUAUUUUCCAUCGAAAAGAGGUGCCCGUCCAGUCUGUGAAAGAGCACCUACUAAAAGAAGGCAUAGAAGUUAGGAUGUGAUUGGUGUAGCUUUGUUUUUUUGCAGAUGCACUUAAGUUGAGUGGGUGAUUUCUGAAGCCGAUUGAUUGAAUGGUAUGUGGGAAACAGAUGGUAGAGAUGCCAUGUCCUCCUAUUUCUUAGACCAAAUCAAAUUCUUUUGAUCCUUAAAAAGGAUUGUGACUAGGAUGGGCAGUGUGGUACAAAAUACUUCAUUGCAAACUAACCGAGCUCUAUAUGGAAUAUCAUGGAUCUGUGCAUGUAGCUUCUCGUUUUCUAUAUGGAAGAUAUAAAUAUUUACAGGAAAAAACAACUUGGAAUAAAUUGGUGGUUGUUUUUAUAGGGAGUAAUAGCAAUAUCUGAACAAUUGAGGUUGUUUUUGCUGAAAUAUUAUUUGUGAGUCAUUCCACAUUGAUUUGAUAGGAUAAAUAAACUUAAUUUAUAAGCAUAAUGGGUUAC